GUAUGUGAUGAGAAAAAGUUGUGAAAAAGUUGUGAAAAGAGUUUAUAUUAAUAGAAUAUUUUUGAAACGCAAAGUUUGGAGUGAGACUUAUAAAUCUAACACAAAUUUAUUAUGAUUGGUGUUCUCUUUUUGUGUCUGUGAUCCCCGCAUUGCACGCUUCUUUGUCUUUGUCUCUUCUUUUCUCAACGAUUCUCAUCAUUCUCCGACUUUUUCUCUUCUGCUUCAAUCGAACAAAUAUCCGCAACAUUUUCUCCACUCAUUAUUCAUCAUUCUCUUUGUUUCCCUUCCUCGUUUCGUUUGCAUCAUUGCAUGCAUAUAGCUUCGGACUAAAAGCUUCACAUUUCCAUUUGCUGGGAACUCGAGCACCACUUUGGUUCCUUUGAUUACAGAACAUCCUCUCUUAGUUUCCACGUUAAUCACUCUUAAAUUCAUCACCAUCUUGCAGCCAAGCGUUUCGUUGCAGAGAGUUUAAUUUGUUCUUGCAAUACAUUGGAUCCAAAGAUAAUUAAGGAGGGUGUUAAAAUGUGUACAUCUUCAAGGCAUAUUAUAAAUUCGGAUUUGUUUCGAAAAGUGACGUUGCAAGUUGCUUAAUCUCAACAAAGACAAUCUGAAUUUGGAAGCAAAGGGGUUUUGCAAUUGAGGGUUCAGAGAAUGGGUACUGAAUUAAGUUACGCACUUUCAAAAUUGCAUAUGCUAUCCACUUCAGAUUAUGCCUCCGUCGUGUCCAUGAACAUUUUUGUGGCUCUGCUGUGUACUUGCAUUGUCAUUGGCCAUCUUCUUGAGGAGAAUCGCUGGGUGAAUGAAUCUAUCACUGCCCUUUUUAUAGGUGUUUGCACUGGUGUAGUCAUUCUGUUGCAAAGUCGCGGCAAAAGCUCGCAUCUUCUAGUUUUCAGUGAAGAUCUUUUCUUUAUAUACCUUCUGCCUCCUAUCAUAUUUAAUGCAGGGUUUCAAGUGAAAAAGAAACGGUUCUUUGUUAACUUCAUGACCAUUAUGCUUUUUGGAGCUGUUGGUACAUUAAUAAAUUGUAGCAUCAUAACUUUCGGUGUCAUACAAAUUUUUAAGAGAAUGGGUGUCGGAAAAUCACUGGAGAUGGGAGAUUAUCUAGCAAUUGGGGCAAUAUUUGCUGCAACAGAUUCAGUGUGCACAUUGCAGGUGCUAAACCAGGAUGAGACACCUUUACUAUAUAGUCUUGUGUUUGGCGAGGGUGUUGUUAACGAUGCUACAUCUGUUGUGCUUUUCAAUGCAAUCAAAAGUUUUGAUCUCGACAUAAUUGACCACAGAAUUGGUUUGCAUUUUUUCGGCAAUUUCUUCUACCUGUUUAUCGCAAGCACCAUGCUUGGGGUUUUGGCUGGUCUACUCAGCGCUUACAUUAUUAAAACGCUUUAUAUUGGCAGGCACUCUACAGAUCGCGAGGUUGCUCUUAUGAUGUUAAUGGCAUACCUUUCCUAUAUUCUAGCUGAAUUAUGGUAUCUGAGUGGCAUUCUCACUGUAUUCUUCUGUGGGAUUGUUAUGUCACAUUAUACUUGGCAUAAUGUGACUGAGAGCUCGAGAAUCACUACCAAACAUGCUUUUGCAACUCUCUCUUUUGUUCUUGAAACCUUUAUCUUCCUUUAUGUUGGUAUGGAUGCGUUGGACAUUGAAAAGUGGAGGUUUGUUAGCGAUAGGCCGAAAACAUCUGUUGCUGUUAGUUCAGUUUUAUUGGGUCUCGUACUUGCCGGAAGAGCAGCAUUUGUUUUUCCCCUAUCCUUCUUAUCAAACCUCACUAAAAAGUCUCAAAGUGAAAAAAUAAGCUUCAGGGAGCAGGUGAUCAUUUGGUGGGCUGGUCUUAUGAGAGGUGCUGUUUCAAUGGCACUUGCCUAUAAUCAGUUCACCUUGUCAGGUCACACUGAACUGCGAACCAAUGCCAUCAUGAUCACCAGUACCAUCACUGUCGUGCUUGUCAGCACAGUGGUGUUUGGUUUGAUGACCAAGCCACUCAUAAGGUUUUUGCUGCCAGUUAGUCCACCUCCUAAACGCAAGAACAGCUUGGGAAAUAUGGAAUCAUCUAAUAAUCCUCCAAAAUCAAUCACUGUGCCCUUUCUUGGAGGCUCUCAUGAUUCUGAAAACGAACUUGAUGGCAAUGAAGAUCAUCGUCCAAACACUAUUCGUGCCUUACUAAGCUCUUCAACUCAUAAUGUUCAUCACUUAUGGCGUACGUUUGAUAAUUCAAUCAUGCGUCCAGUUUUCGGCGGUAGGGGAUUUGUUCCUGUCGAUACUACCUCACCAACCGGCAGUCAACAGUGGCAUUAA